AUGGAUACUACUGAUACAAGAAUCGACGGGACUUUAUUACAAAGCAAUCAAGGGAAGAUUGUAAGAAUUGUAGGAAAGUUAGACACUUUCGAUGGUAAUUCAGGGAUCUUACAAUCGAAUGGUAAUGUAGCAUUAGAUUUAUCAAAUGUUGAUAGUAAUAUUGAAGUAAAUAAGAAUUUCGAAAUCAUUGGUAGAGUUACUGAAGGGUUAAAAGUUGUAGUAUUUUCUGUUACAGAUAUAAGUGACAACUUCAACUUUGAUAAUUACUAUAAGUUAUGUAAAUUUAUAAAUCAAGUACCUGAACUAUUCUAA